AUGGUUACAGCUACAGCUCAGUUUCUGUUCUCCCAACACUACUGCAAAAUUCUUCAUCUGGUGAGGCAUGGACAAGCGAUGCACAAUGUAGAAGCAGAGAAGAGUCUGGAGGCAUUAUUGUCUCCUAAACUAUUUGAUGCUGAGCUCUCUGAUCUUGGUAGGGAGCAGGUGGCUAAACUGCACAAGCGUAUUAUAGCAAGUGGACUGUUAAAAAAGAUCGAUUUAGUUAUCAUUUCUCCUCAGUUAAGGGCAAUGCAAACAGCAGUUGGAGUUUUUGGUUGUGAAGACCACAUGAAUGUAUAUGGGUUAGAUAAAUGUAAACCUCCAGUUAUGGUGGCAAACAAUCUUCUGAAUGCAAAGCCAGCUCUCAAUUGCUGCAGUUGCCCUGCAUUCUUAGCAUUUGAGAAGUGUCGAGACCGUAUGGGCCUUCGUCCAUCUGAUAAGAGGAGAAGCGUUAGCGAAUAUCAAUCUAUUUUUCCCUCUAUGGAUUUUUCAUUGAUGGAAAGUGACGAAGAUGGAUUGUGGAACCCUGAUACUAGAGAGUCUUAUAAGGAGAUUUUUUAUCGGAUGGUGGAAUUUGUGGAAUGGCUGUGGACACGACCAGAAAAAGAGAUUGUAAUUGUGAGCCAUGGUGUAAUCUCGCAGUUCUUACUUUAUGCUUUGGAAAACGACGAUCCUCCUCCAUCAAAUGAAACUUUAUUAUCAACCAAACGCAUGAUGGACUCAGAGACAGAUUCCUCAGCAACGUCUACCCUCUGCGGAUAA